CCCUCCCCGGCGCCCAUGGAGCACCAGUCCAUCAUCGCCCAGGUCAGCAGGGAGGAGGGGAGCGCCCCGCUUCAGGAGAAAGGUACCCAGACCCCUGCCAAGAAGCCUCGAAGCCGCAGCAUUCUCCAGUCCCUCUUCUGCUGCCUGUGCCGCGAUGAAGGGGAGCCCUGCACCGGCAGCACCGGCGCACCGCUGCUGGUGGAGGAGAACGGGGCGCUGCCCAAGGCUGCUGCCAGGCACCUCCUGCCCGAGAUCAAGCCGCAGGACGCCAGCAAGCUCUGCGUGGUCAUCGACCUGGAUGAGACCCUGGUGCACAGCUCCUUCAAGCCAGUGAACAACGCUGACUUCAUCAUUCCGGUGGAAAUCGAUGGCAUCAUGCACCAGGUGUACGUGCUCAAGCGGCCGCACGUGGACGAGUUCCUACAGCGCAUGGGUGAGCUGUUCGAGUGUGUGCUCUUCACUGCCAGCUUGGCCAAGUACGCAGAUCCUGUGGCUGACCUGCUGGAUAAAUGGGGGGCCUUCCGGGCACGACUUUUCCGGGAAUCCUGCGUUUUCCAUCGCGGCAACUACGUGAAGGACCUGAGCCGCCUGGGCCGUGACCUGCGCCGGAUCAUCAUCGUGGACAACUCGCCCGCAUCCUACAUCUUCCACCCUGACAACGCUGUGCCGGUGGCCUCCUGGUUCGAUAACAUGGCGGACACGGAACUGCUGGACCUGCUGCCCUUCUUCGAGAGGCUCAGCAAGGUGGAGGACGUGUACGCAGUGCUCAAGAAGCAGCGGACUAACAGCUAAUGGCCCCCCCACCCUCCGGGUGCUGCCGAGGGGCACCGCCGGGGGAGCCAGGUGCCUUAUUUUGGGGGAGGGAGGGUCCCGCUGUGCCCCGCGUCAUCCUCCCCAGCCUCGGUGGGCGCGGGUGCCCUCCGUGCCUGCCGCUGGUGGGAGAUGUGGGUGCUCCCGCCAGGAAGCUGGGUGCCCCUCUUCUCAGAGAAGGCCCCCUCCGCCGUGGGGUGGGGUGACCCCACUGCCUUGCUGUGCUGAGGACCUAUUUUGGGGGGUCCCAUCCUCCCCCACUGUCCAGCCCCUGCCCCCUUCCCCCCAACCCGUGUCCCCCCUCCACAAAACGGUUCUCAGGUCCUUUUCCCCUCUGUCCCCCGAUUGGGGAUAGGGGGUGGGGUCAGCAGCUGCUGCUUUCACUGCCUUUGGAGGACUGAGAUCCCUCCAUCCAGACACUGCCUGCUGGGAGGCUGGCAGCCCUUGGCCCGUCUGCCGAGGCUGCGAGACAAGUUACCGCUUGUCACCCUCCGAAACAGCAGGGAGCUGUCACCAUACCCUUAACUCUGCCCUGGGUGCAGCUGAUCACCUCGUGGGGGCAUGUCCCUGCCUCUCUCCAUGCCUGCUGCCCCCACCUCGGGGUUGUGUUUUGCAGGGGCAGCCCAGCCUCAGGGCUGAGCCCCUGGGCACAACUGCCUCCCACGUGCCUUGGGACACCGUGUCUCUGCUCUCCCUUAGCCCUGCAAGGGGUGUGCCUGGGGAGACUCUUUACUGGCCCCCUACAACUUUGGUUUCUUCUAAUUUUGGGGGGGAGGUGGCCUCCCUCCCCCUCCAGUUACACUGUGUCACUGGGAGCCACUCUAGUUGCCAACAGAAGGGUCCCCUCCUGUGGCGGUGGGCACACCCCCCACCCCUUAUCCAUCUGCAGCUUCACCAAAGGCUGCCACUCCUGGGGGAGAGGGGAUCCCCAUACCAGCCUUAAUGUGCCCCUCCCAGCCUUACCCCAGCCCCAGUGCCCCAGCUGGGAGGGGGUGGGGGACACUGCAGGCCCCCCUGUAUCCUGGGGUUACCCUGACCCCCGUGGGGUUGGACUCGUGCCAGGGUGUCCCCCAGCUUUGAGAGUCUGGGGGCUCUCAGGGAGGGAUUUUCUGGAGAGGGCUGAGCUCAGCCGGGCCUUUUUUAAUGUCACAAUACGGACAAUGCCUCGUUAUCUUUUUAGAGGGAAAAGCAAUGAUUUCCCAAAAAAAAAAAUCAUUGGGUGCCUUUUUACCGCUGUGCCAGCGAAGGGAGCGGGGCAGUAUUUGGGGGGUGGGUGUGAAGGGUUUUAGCUUCCCGGUGCUGUUCAGCCGGCUCCUGCCGGCGCUGCCCUGCUCCCGAUGCCGGGGCUGAGCAGGGGACCCCCGGCCCCACCCACAGCCCUGCCCUGCUGUGGGAGGUGGGAUAGGGGAGGUGUAGCACAGCCGCCUGGAUCCCUGCCAGCCCCGGAUCUCGUCCUGCCCUGCCAGGAGGGUUGAACUCAGCACUUUAUAUUAGACAAGUCAAAGGGCGCCAGCGCAGCCGCUGCCCGGCGAGCGCCUGUGGGCGCUGCGGCGCCCGAGGAGUACGGCCCCCGCCCUGGGCACCCUGGGGAGGGCUGGG